CAAAAUUCAACGCGAUGGGUGGAGCCGAGUCCAGCACACGCCGAACGAUAAAGCCCGGGACGGUCAUCUCCAUGAUAUCCCGAAGCAUCGGGGGCGGCGGAAGGAGCUCACGUGGGGACGACGACGUGUUGGCCGUAGUGGCCAAAGUAGGGCCAGACUCGGACACCGACUGGUCGGGCGAGUUUAAUCGACCGUUGGCGUCCGCAGAUCACUACCAGCACUACAUGCCCCCCAACAUGCCCAUGUGCCCAACAUACCAAGUCAACUACGUGACAGAAUGCAACCGAUCUUGGAAACUCAUCUGCAAAGCCGCGACGCCCAAGAUGAAGCACUACAACAAGGACGGUAUCGUGCUGUUCUACGACGAGUUUUUCCACCGGUUGUUUCAACGGGACCCUGGGUUUGAAGACAUUUUCCCCGGUAUUCGAAAGCGCAUUGAAGUGCUGAUCAAGGCCAUGAAGUUCAUCCUGAAUGACUCGGGGAUGACCGAGACGGUGGUCAUCCAGCGAUGUCGGAACCUCGGCCACCGCCACCGCACCAUCCCCAAAGUGAAGCCGCAUCACUUUUCAGCGUAUGCCAGCACGUUUGUGGAAGUGGCCAUGUUCUGGCUCGACAUUGAAGCCACGCCAGACGUUGGCGAAGCCUGGAGCAACCUCGUCGGGUUCAACCUCAAGUAUAUGCUCCAAUCGUAUCUAUUCAACACUGUCAACGAGAGCGAUUGGAAUCAGAAUACGACGCAACCCACCAAGGAGUCUCGGACGACUGCGCCCAUCAAGAAGACCAAGAUCAAACCACCCACUACGACAACCGCGGUCACGAGCAUUACCAAGUCGGGCACGAAGAAGGACCUGGCCGCAGACUAAGUACCCUUCCUAUAUGAUAGCAUUAUGAUAGCAGCACCUUGAGGCACCCCCAUUUGUACUUGACAUCAAAACAACUCCAUGUAUAUUAUCG